CUGCGAUAGCGCAACGUUUUAUCUCCAGUCGCUCAGGAACUUAUCUCAGGUGCAGGUGUGUUGCCAUUAAUUCCUGCGUUUACUUUAAAAAUAUUUCUUCCAGAAAUCCGUGAUUGGACCAGUUUAACUUCUUAUCGUUCGCGGCUUUCAUUCGACAACAAAUCACAUUUUAUCAAGCGAAAUCAUCUCCCGCCUCGUGAAAUCAAGGGGAAAAUAAAAGUGCAUCAUCGAGAAUAUGGGUGGUAUGACACAGAGGCCGUGGACACCAACGAAGAGACGAGGUCCUAUCGCUGCAGAGUACAGUAGCCCUGGUCCUGCUUGUGUAACAUUACCACCAUUGAUCGGAAAAGAUGCUGCACCAGCAUCAUCGUUGCACGGCCGAUCAAAAUCCACGAAACAGGAAGUGACACCAGCUCCUGGCGACUAUAAUCCGGAGAAGGCCGAGAAGAUUAUUCUAGAUAGCUCGCCGAAAUACUCGUUCGGUGUCAAAACGCAAACCGAGAAAAUCAGUUGCACACCUGCACCGAAUGACUAUUGCACCGAAAAGGUGAAUCUUGACAAAACCCCCGAGUAUAGUUUUGGAUUGAAACAUGCACUGGAUAAACCGAGCGAUAUACCUGCACCUGGUACUUAUUGCCCAGAAAAGGUAAGACUGGACAAUGCACCGCAAUUCAGUUUUGGACUCAGGCCUUCUCUCGAAAAACCGAGCGACACACCAGCACCUGGCACGUAUAGCCCUGAAAAACUUAAUCUGGAUAAGGGUCCUCAAUACAGUCUUACGGGAAAAGGUCACACAGAGAAACCUGAUGACACUCCUGCGCCAGGUACGUAUUACCCAGAAAAAGUAAAAUUGAAUGCAACGCCGCAAUUUACUUUUGGAUUGAGGACAUCAAUCGAAAAAAUAAGCGACACACCAGCCCCUGGUACAUAUAGUCCUGAAAAAGUUAAUUUGAAUAAAAGUCCCCGGUAUAGCUUAAGCGGAAAACUUUCUUAUGACAAAGUGGACAAUAAUCCAGCACCAGGAACUUAUGCACCUGAGAAAGUAAAUCUUGAUAGAGCACCACAGUAUAGUUUUGGAAUAAGAACACUUCUUGAUAAACCAAACACUAAUCCAGCACCUGGAGAUUAUUGUCCAGAAAAGAUAAACUUGAACAAAGGUCCAGAAUAUAGUUUAACUGGUAAAGGACCUUCUGAGAAACAAAUUGACACCCCUGCACCUGGAACGUACAAUCCUGAAAAGGUAAAUUUAAGCAAAGGUCCACAAUAUAGUUUGUAUGGAAAGGGAAUUCCUGAAAAACCAAACGAUAAUCCAGCACCAGGAACAUAUAGUCCUGAGAAAGUAAAUUUGAACAAAGGUCCUCAGUUCAGUUUAUCUGGUAAAGGAUUAUCAGAAAAGCCUAAUGACAAUCCAGCACCUGGAACAUACAGCCCUGAGAAAGUCAAUUUAGAUAAAGGGCCCCAAUAUAGCUUAUCAGGAAAAGCUUCAUCAGAAAAAUCCAACGAUUACCCAGGUGAAUUUCGUUCAAUGCAAAUUCCAGGAGCUUCUUAUUUUGGAAAUUCAAUUGGUUUAGAAACAAUCACUAAUGUUUUGAUUGCUUUAGUAGGCCCUGCUGAUUACUAUCCAGAGAAAGUAGUAAAUUUGGAACAUAAACCUUAUUUCAGUUUUGGUAGUAGAAAGACCUUGGAUAAGUCUGGGGAUACACCAGCUCCUGGUACUUAUUCUCCAGAAAAAAUAAACUUAAAUAAAUCGCCAUGUUACUCAUUUGGUUUAAAAACAUCUUACGAGAAGCCUAGCGAUAUACCUGCUCCAGGAAGUUAUCACCCCGAAAAGGUAAAUUUGAAUAAAUCACCCCAAUAUAGUUUUGGAGUUAAGACUGAAGUACAUGAAACUGAUUCUAUACCGGGUCCAGGUGAAUACAGUACAGAGAAAGCCAUGCUUUUGUUGGAAAAAGCAUUGCAAUUUACUUUUGGUCUUAGAACAAGUACAAAUAGACCAGAUGAUAUUCCAGCUCCAAACGUUUAUAAUAUUCCUUCUGCUCUCGGCGGAACAAAGGAAGGAAACAAAAAGACAGCACCGGCUUACUCGAUCUCGGGUAGACAGAAAAUUUCUACAGAUGAUCGCGUUUUAAUUCCUGGUCCCGGGACAUAUGAAACUGUUAAACCAGAUGCAGUCAGAGUGAAAAGUCCUGCUUAUAGCAUAAGUGCCCGCUAUCAGCUGCCCGAUGAUCACUCUCAGAUUCCAGGACCUGGAGCUCAUUGCCCAGAAAAAGUAGUUCUUGACAUUCCUCCAGCACAUUCAUUUGGCAUUAGACACUCUCCAUACAUAUGCAACCUGAAGGACGUCGUUUAUUAACAUAAGAGCCUUACGUGACUCCGCUUUCGUCGUCGUUUUACCUUGUAAGAGUAAAUCACAUGCGAUUGUGAAACACUAAUUUUUAAAUUAAAAAACAAAAUUAAUAAUCUUUUAAUUAAGUUAAGAAAGUCAACGCUUUGCUACAAUGACUGCAAAAUAUUGUUUAAUAUCUAAUUAAAAUAUUGGUGCUACUAAUCGUAUUUAACAUAUUUAUAUAUACAAAUUGUGAUAAUGGCAUAUAUAUGAAUAAUGAUAAUAUUAAUUAGAUGAGAUUUUUCACAUAAAAUUAAUAUCAAAUAAAAUGAUAACAAUUUCUCCUUUUAAUUUCUUUUUUCACGUCUGCUAUAUUUAAUUCUAAAAAUUUAUAAUAAACAAAAUAAAUAUUCUACAAAUUAAAGCUAUUUUUUAAUGCAGUACAAUUUAAUUUUAAAAAACGAUUUAAAAAAUUUAUAAUAACUAAUAUAAAACACGAGUUAGAAAUAACAAUUUAUUUCUUAUAUAUUCUGUUUGACAUUAAAAUAUCUUAUAUUUGAGUUGUAUUUUUUAAUGAAAUGAAAUACAUAUACAUCUUAUUUGUAUUGUGCUAACUAUUAGAAAUAACUAGUCUUCUUGUUAUUAAUUUAAAGACAAUAAUUACAAUUUUCCCUUGUAAUAUUUCAUAUUUUCAUGCAUAUUUCAUGAAUAUUUCACUAUUAUUUGAAUAAAGUAAAUAAAAAUUAAUUUUUGUUUUUAUAUAUAUCAAAAUAUACGUUCAUAAAAAUACUUGUAUACAAAAUAUAUACAUACAUAUCUUACAAUAAAAUUAUAGCUGGAAUGAUAUUCACAGCCAUCACUCAUUAUAUAAGAAAAAUUUAAUAUUUAAGGCAUAUAAAGUACGUUUGUAAAAUUAAUAUAGCUUUAUGGAUAAACCACACUUUUCCCUGAUUAUUUUGUUAAUGAAAUUGAUUCCACUAUCCAUUAUAGUACUAUACUUUACUGACAAUAUUCAUUGUAUUUGCAAUUGCAGUGUACACAUUCUCCCGAUAUCCAUGUUGACAAUAGUUCUAAAUCUUUAUUUAACAUUACUAUAUCAGCAUCUGCUCCAUAAUUUAAGACUCCUUUAGUUUUUUCAAUACCUAGAGUAGUUGCUGGAUGGAGAGUCGCAGCUUCUAAAGCUUCUACUAUAGAACAUCCUGUUACUUCUUUGAAAUGACGGACACACUUCGACAUUUCUGCUGUACUGCCACACAAUGUAUUUGUUCCAGCAAUAUAUGCACGUCCCGAGCGCAUUUCAAUUUUAAGCUGUCCUAAUUGAUAUACACCUUCUUGUAAUCCUAGCGCUGACAGUGCAUCAGAAAAAAAUAUAUGAACCUUUAGGGUGAGUCCUAUGAGCUAUACGCAAUGCUGCUGGGUGGGUAUGAAUUCCAUCUGCAAUUAUGCCAUAAUGGAUAGUUUUUCCAGGAUAAACUUGAUCAGAUGUCAAAAGACCAACUAAUCCUGGAUCUCUAUGGUGAAACAAGAGAAACUGUAAUAUUUCUCUUACACAAUUCUGUAAUCACGGAUUGAGCAUUAGGAAGUUCGGGCGCCAAUGUUACAAGACACACGUUUUCUAGACUUCCAUACAUGUCAGUUAAUGACUUGAAACCCUGAAAUUCUUUUAUAUAGCUCUCUGAAUGAGCUCCUUUUUUACUUGGGCUAAUAAAAGGUCCUUCUAAAUGAACUCCUAAUAUAGUUGCACCGUGUUUUCCACCUUUUGUCUUCUUAAUAUUUGGUAAUAUUUUAUGAUAUGUUUCACUGGGAGACGUGACCAGAGUUGGACAAAAUGAUGUUACACCAAAUUCUAGCAAUCUUUUGGCUACUUUAUUAAUUCCUUCCUGUACAUUGUUAAUAUUAUGUGUAAAAUCUAUUCCAAAACCACCAUUAAUUUGAAGAUCUAUAUAUCCAGGAGAAAUUAGUGCUCCGUUGCAAUUGAUUCUUACAUGUGGUUUGAUUCUUUCAUCGUAGAAAAUUUUUUCUGGAUCAACAAUCUUCCCAUCGCGAACCCACAAAUCUUCGUUUAAGAUCAUUCCAUCGCGUAAAAUGCAACAAUUGUAAAAUUGUUUUAAAAUUUGUUGAUCUUCUCGAGACAUGUCUUAAAAAUUCUUUUGCGUCAAAAUAUACGAGAUUAUCUUCAUUCAGAAAAAAAAGAAAAAAAAGAAGAAAAAAAGAAAUGCUUAUCAAUGUAUUUUAGUUACUGGAUUAUCAGUCACAAGAAAAAUUGUCAUAUUA